AAUAGUGCGCCACCGAGCCUAACCUCACAUUUCGUGGUUCAAUAGACAAACUGUAAAAGGCGCGUAAUUUCCUCUGUUUGCAUCGAAUAGAAACGUAGUUAGCGUCGCAACUGUCAAAACUAUUUCGAAAACAAUAAUAUUUCGUUUGGCAUUUGUUUUGGUUGCAUCUUGUCGAAAUUCUAAAUUCUAAAUUCAUAGUAAAAAUUAAUUGAUUUCGUUUGAAAAAAAUUCUGAAAUUGAAAAAUGGAUAAACGAAAGACGGUUAUACAUUGGUUCAGAAAGGGAUUGCGGAUACAUGAUAAUCCUGGAUUGAUUGCAGCAAUUGAGGCAGUACAAAAGAACAAAGACCAUGUACUGCGUCCAAUUUACAUACUUGAUCCAGAAUGGACUCAAUUUUGGCGCAUGAGUGCAAACAAAUGGCGAUUUUUGCAACAGUCACUGGUGCAACUCGAUGAAAAUCUCAAAACGUUGAACACACGAUUGUAUGUGAUUCGUGGAACACCAAAGAAUGAGAUGCCCAGAAUAUUCAAAGAGUGGAAUGUAACACUCAUGACAUUUGAAUCGGAAAUCGAGUCGUUCAAUCAGCGUCGUGAUGCAUUGGUCAAGAUACACGCAGGUCAGCACAAUGUAAAACUUGACGAAUUCCACUCGCACACGGUGUACAAUCCACAUUUGGUGCUGCAAAGUAAUAACAACCAGGUGCCAAUGCGGUACCAAUCAUUCAUUUCACUCGUUGAGCACAAAAAAGUUGCGCCAGCGCUCGAAAUCACCAGUAAGCACAAGUUGAAAAAGGAACACCAAGCGCCGAAAGACUCAAAGGAAGAAGCAAAGGCGUCAUGCUACGAUUUGCCCGAGUUAAGUGAGUUACCAUUGAAUGAAACCGAAUUAGGUCCAAAUAAGUUUCCCGGUGGCGAAAAGGAAGGCCUCGAUCGAAUGGAAAAAAUGUUAAGUAGAAAAAAGUGGAUUUGGGAAUUUGAAAAGCCUAACACGGCACCAAAUUCAAUUGAACCUAGCACGACGGUUCUUAGUCCGUACAUUACAUUCGGAUGCCUUAGCUCACGAUUGUUUUAUCACAAAUUGAAAGCAGUAUUGAGCAAGGCAUCGAAAUAUAGUAAGCCGCCCGUAAGCUUGAUGGGUCAACUGAUGUGGAGGGAGUUUUACUAUACGGCCGCAGCAGCCGAGCCAAACUUUGACAAAAUGGUCGGGAAUCGAAUUUGCAGACAAAUUCCAUGGCAAUACGAUGCAGAUCUGCUGGAUGCAUGGGCUCAUGGUAGAACAGGUUAUCCAUUCAUCGAUGCCAUCAUGCGGCAGCUACGCCAAGAGGGUUGGAUUCAUCAUUUGGCUCGUCACGCAGUCGCUUGCUUCUUGACACGAGGUGAUUUAUAUGUGUCAUGGGAGCAUGGACAACACGUAUUUGAAGAGCUGUUACUGGAUGCCGAUUGGGCAUUGAACGCCGGCAACUGGAUGUGGCUGUCAGCUUCAGCAUUCUUCUAUCAGUAUUUCCGUGUUUAUUCGCCAGUUGCAUUCGGAAAGAAAACCGAUCCGUAUGGUAACUACAUUCGAAAGUAUUGUCCAGAAUUGAAAGAUUAUCCGAGUCAUUUGAUUUAUGAGCCGUGGAAAGCAUCAGCGGGUGAACAACGUCGCUACAAAUGUGAAAUCGGAAAAGACUAUCCGAAUCGCAUUGUCGUUCACGAAAUGGUGCAAGAUUUCAAUAAAGGACGCAUGAAACGUGCUUACGAAGUACACAACGGACAACGUGAGGAAGGCGAACCAUCGCCAAAAGUGUUUAUCAAAGAAGAAAGACACCGACCAUUCAUAAAAGUUGAGCCCAAAGAAGAGCCCGCCGAUAAUGAUGAAGAUCCAGAGAACGUCUGCUAAUUUUUUUUUCUCUAAUCUAAACACAGAAAUCAAAAUAUAAAGUUAUACUCAUAAAAA